AUGGAAGGCUUAAUUGGGAUCCGUUUCGAUCGCUUCUGUCUGCUGGCAUCGGACCGACUGAGCGCUCACUCGAUAAUUGUGGUGAAGAACGACGAGAAGAAGUUGUAUGAACUGUCGGAUCACCUGUUGUUGGGAGUGGUGGGAGAGGCGGGCGACACGAAUCAGUUCGCGGAGUUCAUCUCGAAGAACAUAAAGCUGUAUUCAAUGAGGAAUGGCUUCGAGCUGUCGCCCCAUUGCGCCAAUACCUUCAUUGCCCGCAAUUUAGCCGAUUAUCUUCGCUCGAGAACUCCAUAUAUGGUUAACCUAUUGCUCGCCGGCUAUGACACCGUCGCUGACAAACCGGAACUCUAUUUCAUGGACUACUUGGCCACCAACUGUUCCGUUCCCUACGCUAUGCACGGCUACGGCUCCUUCUUCGGCACAUCAGUGCUCGACAGGUAUUAUAAGAGCGACUCCACUGAAGCCGAGGCCAUCGAACUGCUGAAGAAGUGCGUGCAGGAGAUCCAGAAGCGGUUAGUCAUCAAUUUGCCCACAUUUCAAGUGGCGAUUGUCGACAAACAAGGCAUACGACAGCUGCCGGACAUUGUCUUCGACCCGACUGCCAUCGGACUCAACACUCCGAUCCCGCAGUACACCCAACAGGCCGAGUCGGACAUCCGUUUACCGGAUCCCAUAGAACACGCCACAGGACUCGAGAAACUGCUGCUCUUGGCUGAGGAGAAGGGCAUCGAUGACCCCUUCUGUCUGAAGCCCAGACACAGAGGGCCCGGAACUAAAGAGAACCCGAAUCUGGUGCCGAGCUUCGAGGACAAGCGUCUGAUUGGGUGUCUGUGUGAGGAGGACCAGACACACCUGAACUACAUGUGGGUCCACUUGUCUGAACCCCGGCGCUGCGAAUGCGGCUAUUAUUUCAAAGCAGUUCCCGCGCGCAAGUUCUGGGAGGAGAUCGACACCAAAAUCGGCGCUUAAUCUGCGGAUCACUUGUGGUGACCAUUGAGUCCCUAAUUAUUUUAAUUUCAAAUUUCAGUUAAUUAUCGCAAAUGUAUUUAAAUUAGAAAUUAUAAACUCGAUUAAAGUAUAUGUUAGUUGUUUCAAAAUCAA